AUGGGCCUGCGGCCGCUGCUCGCCGCGGUCAAGUGCAACAACAUGGUCAUGGCCCGCCUGCUCAUCGACCACGGUGCUCACGUCCAUCAGCAGAAUUGUAAGCGAUCAGAGCUGCACGCCCUGGCCGAGACCCAGAAGGGUCCCUACCCUGAUUUGCCGGCGACGGUUGGAGCGAGGUGGGUCAACACGGUGCAAAGAUGGGUCAUGCCUUCGCCCGAGGUCAAGUUCUGGCAGCUGCUCCUGGAUUCCAUGUGGCCUGCGCACGCGGCAACUGGCCGGUCGUCCAGCAAACAAGUGAGCGAUGUCGACAAAGCCGACGAGCAGGGCGAAACGGCGCUGCACUACGCCGCGCGCUAUGGUCACGCCGCUGUCGUGUCGCUCCUUCUCUCUUCGGCCGACACGCGGCUGAUUAGCAAGCACGGCAACGCCGCCGAGUGUAGUGUUGGGCUUAGGGCUGAUGGAGGCCUCAGAACGGCUGGUCAGGUGGCGAGAGCGGCGGGCCACGUGGCCGUGGCAGAGCUCAUCGAAAGCUGGAGCUAUCGGGCGUGUCCCCUCUUGUUCAUGCCCUUCGACGCGCUGGUGCACGUGAUGGCCCUCCUUGAGCCCCACGACCUGUGCUCUGUCGCCCAGACCUGCUCAACACUGAACGAAGUGAGCAGCGACGACCACGUGUGGCGCCGCUUCUGCAAUGCGCGGUGGAGCAGCGAUGACAAGGGGUGCGAGGGCAAGCGAUGGAAGGCGCGCCACAUGGCCUGGCUCCAGCCCCGCCUCAAGCACGAGAGGAUUCACCGGAGCCGCAGCCUCUGCGCGGCCAUCAACUAG